UGCUCUUCAGAUAGCAUGAAAGUUGUUCUGAGCAAGUCUUAUCUGGCCUCCCUUGGUUAUAAUGAAACUCACCUGCAGCUGAAUGAUCCAUCUUGCAGUCCAUUUAUAACAGAUUCAGCGAUCUUCUCCUUCCCAUUAGCCAGCUGUGGAACAACUAAAAAGGAUGACGGUCACAGCAUCACUUACACCAACAUCAUCUCUCUCUCUGCAACUGGCAACAUUAUCACCCGUCAAAAGAGCAUACAGAUUAUUGUGAAAUGCAAAAUGGAACACAAUUCAACCGUGGAAAUCAUUUAUGUAACAAAAAAUAAUAUAAUCCAAAACGUAACUGCUGUGGGAAGAUACAAUGUUAGCAUGACAUUCUAUGACUCGGCUUCAUUCUCCAAGCCUGUACUUCAGUCCCCAUAUUAUGUAGACUUGAACCAAACUCUUUUUACUCAAGUCAGCCUUCAUUCCACCGACCCGAAUCUUUUGGUGUUUGUUGACACCUGUAUAGCAUCUCCGCAACCUGACUUUGGAUCACCAACGUAUGACUUAAUCAGAAGUGGCUGCAGUAAAGAUGACACUGUAGUAACCUACCCACCACUUGAGCACUAUGGAAGAUUCAAAUUUAACGCCUUCAGGUUCCUGCACGGCUCUCCAUCAGUUUAUCUCCAGUGUGAUAUUUUAAUUUGCGACAGCAACAACGCAAACUCUCGCUGUACUGAAGGCUGUAUCUCCAGGCAAAAGAGAGCUAUUUCUUCAUACAUGUGGAAAACUAAUACUGUAGUAGGUCCCAUCCGCCUGAAGAGAGACCUCAGGUCUGCCGAUCACUCCGAAUCCCUCACUAAAGCAGAUGCUGAAGAAACCGUGAACCUGCAACAAUACAGCUUCUACACUCUUUCAUUUGUGGUUUUGAUUUCAAAUAUUAUCACUGUGGUAGCUGUGAUACUAAAAUAUCACAAACGCCAAGCAGGAUAUGGCUACCAAAAAAUCCAGAGCUCAUAUUAA